AACCCUGCCCUCCCAGAGAGGCUUCGCGAGCGCUAGACCUCGAGCUGUCUCCAUUUCCGAGCGCCCACUUUCGAAAUGGCAGACGGAAGGAAGCUGGAGAUUGGGGCGAGCUCGAGGCCAAUUUAAGGACGUUACACAAUUUCCGAUCCGGAUGCAAGAUGGCUGCGCCCAGUGGUGCAUUCCAACCUCGUGAGCGCCGGGCUGCGGAGCAGGAAGAGGACUGGGAUGCUGUGGCGCCCAAGCGGCCCCGACUUGGGGCGGGUAGCAAGAUCGGAGGCCGUAGGCUCAUUGUGGUGCUGGAAGGAGCCAGUCUGGAGACUGUCAAGGUGGGGAAGACGUAUGAGCUGCUCAACUGUGACAAGCACAAGUCCAUCUUGUUGAAGAAUGGCCGGGACCCUGGGGAAGUGAGGCCGGACAUAGCUCACCAGAGUUUACUGAUGCUGAUGGACAGUCCCCUGAACCGGGCGGGCUUGCUCCAGGUUUACAUCCAUACGCAGAAGAAUGUGCUGAUUGAAGUGAACCCCCAGACUCGAAUUCCCAGAACCUUUGACCGCUUUUGUGGCCUCAUGGUUCAGCUUUUACACAAACUCAGUGUUCGAGCUGCUGAUGGCCCCCAGAAGCUCUUGAAGGUGAUUAAGAAUCCAGUGUCAGACCACUUCCCAGUUGGGUGUAUGAAAAUUGGCACUUCUUUUUCUGUCCCAGUCGUCAGUGAUGUGAGAGAACUGGCGCCCAGCAGUGACCCCAUUGUCUUUGUGGUGGGGGCCUUUGCCCAUGGCAAGAUGUGGAGUACACAGAGAAGAUGGUGUCCAUCAGCAACUACCCGCUCUCUGCUGCCCUCACCUGUGCAAAAGUCACCACCGCCUUUGAAGAAGCGUGGGGGGUCAUCUGACAGCAGAGCCCGGUCCCAACAGACACUGCAAAUGUUGCUUCCCGCCCCGUCCUCAGUUGACUGCUGGAAGACCCCCACCCCCGCACCCAAACUGGGGUCUGCGGAAGUCCAGGCUGUACGCCUGCUAUCUGUUUGUUUUAUAAACGUUGUUCUUGUAAACCUGGUUGUCCUCUGAGAGUUCCUAAACUCAGCAGCAAUGCUGUGACCUGGUGUAAUCCCUCAGACCUCAGGAAGACCCGUGAGGUUACGGUGUUUGCAGUCUGGUGCCCUAAAUGAGGGAGCCCUGAUUGUUUCAGCCUUGGCACACGUGGAGGGCAGUUUGAAAGAAAGUAGCCGGGGCGCCAGCCGUGAAAAACCAAACGAACUGAAGUGAUUUUAUGUGGUACAGUCAGUCCAAGGUAGAAAAGUGGAGCAGGCGGCGCCUUGCCCCUCCCUUCCCCCCAUGGGGGGGUGGAGGCAGCGGCACAGAUACAAUCAUAGUAAAUUGGCAGAAGAAAAACACAAGUUCCUGGCUAGAGGGGGAAGAGA